AUGUUUAAAAUCAUAAAAAAAAUAAUUUUUUUUUGUAAAUGUUUAUACAAUUUGUAUAAAUUUAUUUUCUUUAAAUGUUUGAUAGGUAAAAAAUUGACCUACUGUCAAGACGAAAUAUCAAGUAAUAGAAAUGUUGGUACGUCAAACGACGAAUUCGAACUCAUUAAUCAGAACGAUAAUUCAAUAGUGACAGUAUCUGUCAAAGAUACAAAUAAAGGUAAAACCAAAAGUUAUUACGAAAAUCAACGUAGAGCACAGAAAAUUUCAAAUGAAAGGAGGUCGAAAAAAAGAACCAACACAAUUCCAAACGAUGAGUUGAUCGUGCAAUCAGAAAAUAUCGAUAGUAUUCUUGAAAAAAGUGUUUUUGAUUUGGAACCAGAGGAUUGGGAUAUCUUGUAUACCGAAAUGGCGAAAUACAUUAAAUCCGAGCCCGAAUACACUGAUGAAGUUAUUGUUAAUCAAAAUGUAACAAAAAUUCUGUGUUAAAAAGGUGUAAAAAAUAAA